UUCCGGUGAGUGGCUCUUCCGGGGGUGGGGGGAGACUGUCUGGCCCCGCAGCGGAGGUGGACAGCGUCCGACUGACGUCCGGCCGACGUCUGACCUGCAGACCCGAGGGGCCCCGGCCACCAUGGCGUUCGGCGGCACUCGCGGGCUGAUGCAGCGCUGGGAGCCGGUCCUCGGCGCUGUCGCGCUGUUCCUGAUGCUUCUUUCGGCGGCCGCGGCUCAGGAGCCGUCUGGAGCGGCUUGCUCUCAGAACACAAACAGAACCUGUGAGGAGUGCCUGAAGAACGUCUCUUGUCUUUGGUGCCAUACCAACAAGGCGUGCUUGGACUACCCGGUGAGCAGGGUCCUGCCGCCCAGCUCCCUCUGUCAGCUGAGCUCUGCACGCUGGGGUGUCUGCUGGGUGAACUUCGAGGCGCUGAUUAUCACGCUGUCGGCGGUGGGGGGAGCCGUCCUCCUGGCCGUGGCCGUGUGCUGCGCCUGCUGCUGCUGCGGGAGGAGGAGGAGCCGGAAGCCGGACAAGGGUGAGGAGAAGGCGGCGCGGGAGCGCGAGGAGCGCAGGAUCCGGCAGGAGGAGAGGAGAGCAGAGAUGAAAUCAAGACAUGAUGAAAUCAGGAAAAAAUACGGUUUGUUUAAAGAAGAAAACCCGUAUGCCAGGUUUGAGAACAACUGAGACCACACCCCGCCCCGUGACACGGCACCGGUCAGCAGAGCCCCGGCCGCCGUCGUCCGCCUCCUGCCCCCGCUGAGGCGGGCAUGCCAAGAGCACCGCGCGUGGCCGCCUGCACUCCUGCGAGCUUCUGUCCCCUUCUCUGUAUCUGUACUGAGUCACUCGAGACACUAAGCCUGUCAGGGGGUUGGGACUGGUUUUGGUUUUGUUGUUAAUUUGAGGAGGAAAGGCAAACAUUCCACCGCUCUUCUCAGUCGGUAAGCCACCUGCAGACGGAGCGGCCGGCCACGCUAGCGCCCGCCGCCCCCCUCUGCCUUCCGUCCCGGCGGGGCAGGAACGGCACCUGUCACUCGGCCACUCCCUCGGGAGCCCAGCGGCCGCUCCGUGUGGCACACUGACUCGGGACACGCUCCCCAACCCCAGCCGCACGGAACAGCACCAAGGCCGGGGGGGGGCGUCCUGCUUACCCUAGGUCUGUGUUUCAUUUCAAUUUAAAUAAUUCUUGGAUCUCAUUCUUCCACCUAAAACAUUUCACCAGAAAACUUUACUGUCAAAAUUCAGACCACUUAUUGGACAGUUUCUAAAUUUUAAUUUGUAUCUUGACCAGAACGUCAAGAUUUUUUCCCAGUGAAAACUUAACAAGUGAAGCUCGAAAGCCGCCUCUGGGGCGACCGCGGCACUAAUGCGGAGCCGUGGGGCCUGCAGAGGCCGCCGCCGCCGCCCUGCUCUCGCCCUCCCACCCAUUGACGGCGGGUGUCGGGCCCUGUGCGCGGGGGCACUCGAGGCUCUCGCGCCUGUCCGGCUGUCAGCACCGUGGUCACUUAGGGACCCUGGGCUGUCCCCAAAGAGGGAGGGACCAAGCACCGUGGGCCCCUGUGCGGGGCUCUGCGCACCGGGGCGGCAGGACGUCCGGCUAGCGAGAGGGGCUUCCACGUGCUCGUUCCACGUGCUCGUCAGACGAGCCCUGUCCUGGAAGCGCGCCUCCUGGGGCGUGUGGUGAGAACUGCGGCGGGGGCGGCCUCUCGGGGCCCGGCGUGGCCUCCGGUACACCUGCGGCGCAGUCUGCGGCGGCUCCGGGUCUUUCAGACCCAGGUCUAGGACUCGAGAGACCGAGAGCUUCGCGUCAGGGACCGCAGCAGACCGUGACGUAACUGUGAACAGCCCUUCUUAAAUCUGAACGUGGGCCCGGUUGCCACACCGCUUUGGGUUAGGGAGACAUUAGGCACGGCAGGAAACGGUGUAUUCUGCUUUCGCGCUUGCGGCCCGCUGUCAGAGACCGCGCUCUGCGGCGUCCGGUGAUGUCACAGGCAGAUCGUGAGCCCGCCGCCUCGGCCUGUGCCGUCCUGGCGUUUACACAAGCUGCGAAGCUAACCUCCACAAACUCGACUUUAUCCUUCUGACUUCUUGGGCAUUUGAUAGCAAUUUAAAGAACUAUGAAACAUUCCUAAGUAUUUUAUAGCAGCGUGCGAAUUUUGUCUUUUGCUGUUCAUUCAUAAAAGAAACUUUGUAACAGACUGCAGCAACCUUUGUAUUAACACGCAGUACUCUGUCAGCUCACGCCGUGUCUGCAAUCUGGGCUGCUGAGCUCCCCGUUCUUCCAUACCGUGUAUGUAAUCCCAUCGCGGGGUCCUGAGCCCACAACGGGGCAUCUGAAGGGCUGUCUUAGCCGCUAUGCUUUUCUUCUCAAAUAGUCCUAAAGCAGCCAUGUAUUGUAACCACAAGGAAACCAGGAAGCUUGGAGUGCCUUAAUUUUAACCAGUUUCCAAAAAUUGGUUUAAUACACACUUUGUUGAAUACA